ACACGUCCGGUUUUCAUUUACCUCCCCGCAGAGAUCUGGUGGACGCAGAAUGUUACCAGAGAACGUUGGACUUCGUCUGUCAGCUGCUGCAACCGGCGUGCAAACCGGACGUGAAGCUCGACCGGGACGAGAUCACGUUGCCAUGCAAGCACAGCUGCCGGCUGUUCACCACGGGUUGCGGUCACCGGAUACCAGAGAAACUGCUGGCCGGUUUCGACUGCGCCAAGUUGCCCGACUACAGCAACAUCGGAUCGACGUGCACGUCCAAGCCCGGCUGCGAUUACAAGCUCCGGACCACCGGGUUGUCGGGCCGACUUUGCGACGGCGUUCUAGACUGUCCCGACAUGUCGGACGAGACCACUUGUGGUUACUGUCCCGCCGGAUACCUGCACUGCAUCACAUCCCGGACGUGCAUCCCGGCCCGGUCUCGAUGCGACGGCGUGGUCGACUGUCCGGGCGAGGCCGACGAACGCAAUUGUUUACUGAUCUCGUCAACUGGCAGGUCCGUAGACCAAAUGCUACCGUUAGCCACUGUUGACGCGUACCCGACAGAAGGUUUCGUGUUUUUCGUCGAACAAGGAAUGUCGGGCAAGUUGUGUGCAGCUAAUUUUCAAACAGACAUUCCAAACGAAAAGAUGACCGUAGCUCUUCAAACGAUCGCAACGUCACUCUGUCGCACGCUCAACUACCACAAUCUGACAAGUGUCGAAAUUGUCGACGACGAAGACCUGCCAACAUCGACGUCCGGUGGUUCUCCUUCAGAACGAUACGCGCACGUCGUAGAUCCAUUCGCCAGCGAGAUAACUUUUAACCUGGGCACGUGUCCCAGUAAAAAAGUUCUGCGUGUCGCAUGCGACGACGCCGUUUGCGGCGUACAGACAAACAGGAGACAGAAACACGGUAUCGACGGUUUGAACAAAAUGGCUUCGCACGGAGACUGGCCGUGGCACGCCAUUCUCUACAAAAGCGGAACUCAUGUUUGCGACGGUAGUCUCAUAUCUUCCGAAUGGUUACUCACCAGCGCUUCGUGUUUUCAGGGGUAAUUAUUGAUUUAUAUCUGUUUGUACACAGGUAUACUAUAAUAUAUAUAAUAUAAUAUGGAACACCAAACACAUCGAUUGCGUUUUGAAAACUAUGAUCGUCCGCGGCUUGCCAGUUUCCACU